AGAUUCACGUUUUUCAGUGCGUCUCGAGGUGUGGGUCACAACCUCUGACCUUUAUUCCUUGUCGGCGCACAACCUGGAAGAUAAAACUUUAUGAUAAAUUGAUGGUUUCUAAUUAAAUGGUGAGUCAAUGACUUCACGUGAAGAAGAGCAGAGCUCCAACUCCUACACCACUGUAGCUGCCACGGUCCUGUCCGCGUCCGGCCAAACCAUGGCAAAUGCUGGCCACCUCUUCACCAUGGAGGGUGGAGUCAAUGAGAAUGUCAUCCAUGUCAUUAAUCCUGGCCAGCUGCCCAUGGGCUUGUCCAACAUGAACGUCUGCACCACCACCGUAGGGUCCCACCCCAAUCUACAGACUAUCACCAUCUCCCCCGCCAACUUCCCCAUUCCUGUCAGCCUCACACCCACACAGGUUUCAUCUGGUGGAGUGGCCAAUGGGACACAACAAAUGGUGAUGACAACCCAGGACCUUGGAGCCAAGCUGAAGGACGGUCUGCCAACCCAGGUGGUACAGGUGCCAACUGCUAGUAUCACAACUAUAGACUGGGCAGCCAAACUCAAAGAACUACAGCACACCCAGCGUCUGGAACGACUACGAGAGGAACAGCUCCAGAUGAGAGAGAAAAUGGUCAACAAAGCACCAUUUGAGCAGAAGACACAGUUUGAACCAUGUGUUGUCUGUGGCGACAAAGCGUCAGGCAGACACUACGGAGUGAUCAGCUGUGAGGGCUGCAAGGGCUUCUUUAAGAGGAGUAUACGCAAGCAAUUGGGGUACGCAUGCAGAGGAAACAAGGAUUGUCCGGUGAACAAGCCCCAUCGUAAUCGAUGUCAGUACUGUCGUCUACAGAAGUGUCUAGCUGUGGGAAUGAGAUCUGAAUGUAAGCAGUCCCUGUCAGAGGCAGGAACAUCCGCUGUACAACAGGAGCGUAAACCUCCAGAGAAGGAAAAGGUACCGACCACUGUAGCCACCUCCACACAAAGGAUCUACAUCAGGAAAGACCUCAACAGUCCAUCCGCCGCAAUCCCCACCUUCACCACCAAAGAACAGUCAUUUCCUAUGUCCUCACAGAUCCCCGAAGAGAUGACGCCCCGAGCGGCAUCUAAUCUCCUGGCCAACUUACAGGAGCGUAUCGUCCAAACAGACCAAGGGUCUUUAGUGCUGAGUGCAAACUCCCCACAGUCAACGGCCAAUACAGAUCUGAGUACCCUAGCCAGUGUUGUGACUACCCUUGCCAACAUGGGCAAAAAGAACCAAGAUGAAGUGGAUCUUCAGAUUCCCCAUCCGUUUGAGACCACCACUGUUACAACAUCGUCUGUAGCCAAGGCAUUUGAUACAUUAGCCAAAGCUGUCCAGACUCAGCAGUCUCUCCAUUCUAACCAGAUGGAUAACUCAGGUUUGUUACAUUCAUUUCAGAUGGAUAAUUCUGCUAUGUGUGACAGCAGUAUGGACCAAUCAGGUCUCAGCAUGGACACCUCUGCCUCUGCCGAUUACAAUCGGGACCCAGUCGUGUUAGAUAUUGAUGGUCCAAUUCUGACUAGCCAGAACUACCAGUUCAUGCUGACCACUCCAUCUCCCAUGCCAGCAUACCUUAACGUCCACUACAUCUGUGAGAGUGCGUCCAGACUUCUCUUUCUGUCCAUGCACUGGACUCGCUCCAUUCCAGCCUUCCAGAUACUCAGCCAAGACAUACAGACCAUACUUGUGAAGUCGUGCUGGAGUGAACUGUUUACCCUGGGUCUGGCCCAGUGUGCCAACAACAUGUCCCUAUCUACCAUUCUCAUGGCUAUACUCAACCACUUACAGACUGCAUUGCAACAGGAUAAGAACUCGGCAGAGCGUGUGAAAACAGUAAUUGAUCACAUUUUGAAGCUGCAGAACUACAUCCAUUCCAUGCACACGCUACAGGUGACUGAGCAGGAGUAUGCCUAUCUCAAGGCUCUCAUGCUCUUCUCUCCAGACAAUCCCUCCUUGACAAACUCAUCACAAAUCGAGCGCAUCCAAGACCAGGUACAACGUGAAUUAAGUCAACACCUGCAGCAGGUCCAGCCUAACAACAUGGACCGUAUGGGCAAGCUGAUGCUUCGCCUGCCCCCUCUCCACGCCCUCAGUCCUGGGGUCAUGGAGGAGUUGUUCUUCGCUGGCCUCAUUGGCAACGUUCAGAUAGACAGUAUCAUUCCAUACAUCCUGCGUAUGGAAACAGCCGAGUACAACUCGCAGAUGGCCGGCCAGGGGCUCCUCAACAGUACUCUUUCUGCCGCUGAUGCAGCGUCGUUUGAGGCAUCGGCAGCCCACACAGUGUUACUGGGUACGCCUGGUGUGUCGACAGAAACCAUGGCCUCCUUACAGCAUCUCCACAUACCAACAACAGCGUGCUGAUAGUGUUACGUGUACUCGGUGGAUUGAGAAUUAACGUGAAUGUGUAACACUUAUAUACAUGGUGAAUCAUGUAUGUGAACUGUUUGUAACACACUUGGUUGGUUCUGGUAUUUCCGUUUGACACAUGUGUCAUGUUUUUGUUUAGGUAUAUUUCUGUAGGAUUUAGAAAAUCUGAUACAUGUGCCAAUAUGAGGUUUGCUUUGUUUCCUAUCAACCUUACUUGUUAAAUGUUUUUGUUCUGCAUUUGUGUUAUUGCAGAUUUACACAUAAAUACUGGUACACCUGAGCCAGUGUGAGGUUUCCUCAGCAUUUAAGUGUAUACUUUGGGAUCCUUUCACCCUGGACGUACAUCUUCAGGAAGAUUCCAGGGUAAAAGUGUUCUAUUUUAAUAAUAAACUUCAUACUUGUGCUCUAAAAUGUCUCGCUCAAUAAUUAACCUACAUAAUUCAUGUAAAAGUGAGUUUUUCAAUAGGUUUCAGUAUUUCAGAAAUUUUAUCCUUUUCACUGAUGAAGACUUGUCCCGUUAUAGUCCACAGGGUAUUUCUCAUUGAUUUUUUUUGGCUUUUUAGGAAAUUUAAAAGAUGAAAAAUUCAGAUGUGACAGGAAAAACAAAUAGGUGGAGAUUUUGUGUUGAACCAAUCGCCAGACCAUAGAAUAUUUUGUAAAUACGAUGUUAUUAAGAUACAACAAAUAUUAAGGUAUAUUUUGAUAGUGUUUUAAUAGAAUUAUUUAUUGUCCAUCAGCUGUAAAGAAGUAAAGUGAAAUUGGUUUAAUAACUUUAUUGGCCAGCUGGCUACUGUAUUUAGGACCUAGGCAGAUUGGCCAGCUAUUUUUUAUUAGCGAUCUAAGAAGUUUGCAUUUUGGGAUCUAGGCAGGUUGACCAAUUAUUUUAAUUUAGAAACAGGAAAGCUAUUUAUACUUAUUAUCUCCCUUUGAUAAACCCUUAAAAUUUACAUGUUUUAUAACCUGGGCCUGUUCGUUUAUGCGUAACAAAC